UGACGUGGAGCUGUACGCCUACCUCUCGAGCAGGGUCUGCUGGGAGUCGGCGCUCCAGGUUUUUAAAGGUAUGGUGCUGGGAGCCGUAGGGGUCUGCCGAGCGGGCCUCGGCUACUCGGAAACGAGGGGGCAAGAGGCGGGAAUAGGAGCCCCGACGGAAGCUCCGCGGCCUGCUGUGAAGCAAGCCCGUCUCUUUCUGCUCUGCGUCUACCUGGUGGGAUUCUUGGAUUUGUUUGGUGUCAGCAUGGUUGUCCCUUUAUUGAGCAUUCACAUUAAGUCUCUUGGAGCAAGUCCAGCAGUUGCUGGAAUUGUCGGCUCCUCCUAUGGCAUUCUGCAGCUCUUUUCUAGCCCAGUGGUGGGCUCCUGGAGUGAUGUGGUUGGAAGGCGGUUUUCCUUGCUGGUGUGUAUUCUCUUCAGUGGCUUGGGUUAUCUUAUUCUUGGAGCAUCUACGAAUAUAUUUGUAUUUGCUCUCGCCAGAGUCCCUGUGGGUAUUUUUAAACAUACACUCUCCAUUUCAAGGGCUUUGCUUUCUGAUCUGGUUCCAGAGAAGGAAUGGCCAUUAGUCAUUGGACAGUUAAAUGCAGCAUCUAGUGUGGGCUUCAUUUUGGGACCCAUGGUCAGUGGCUAUCUUAUUGAACUAGAUGGUGGGUUUUAUCUCAUAUGCCUCAUCUGUUUUUCUGUCUUCCUUCUCAAUGCUGGUCUUGUUUGGCUGUUUCCAUGGAGUGAAAUAAAAAUCAGUAGUACGAAGAAUAGCCUGGGAUUGGGUAAGAACUAUGCAUCUUUGGGAAAGACAGACCAUGAAGUUCAGGAGGCAAGCCCUACCCCUGGGAUCAUGGUGAGUGAGAAGACGCCUAGGCCAUUCUGGAUGGAAGUCAUGUCCACACUGCAGGACGUGAAGAGCCUGGUAUUUUCUGAAAUGUGGGACAUAUUUCUAGUACGUUUGCUGAUGGCCAUGGCAGCCCUGCUAUACCACAGUAAUUUUGUCUUGGCUCUCAAGGAGCGCUUCGGGGUGAGGCCCAUGGUGGCAGGCUACCUCAUCAGUUACAGCAGCACCCUGGGGGCCCUGGCUGGUUUGGUUCUGGGUCCAGUCCUGCGGCUGUAUAGGCACAACUCCCACAGGGUUCUGCUGCACUCCAGUAUGCUCACCUUCUUGCUCCUGUUGCUCUAUUCCAUGGCCCCCACCAUGAGAACUGUCAUUUUCUCCUCCACGCUCCUGGCUUUCUCCACGGCCAUUGGCAGGACUUGUAUUACAGACCUCCAACUAACUGUGGGUAGGGCCCAUGCCAGGGGCACCCUCAUAGGCUUGGGGCAAUCAGUGACAGCAGUGGGCCGAGUCAUGGCCCCCAUCCUCUCUGGAGUUGCCCAGGAAGUCAGUCCUUGUGGCCCACCCAGUCUGGGGGCUGCAUUAACCUUGGUAGCUGUUUUCAUAAUGUCACUAAACAAAUCUCGCUAUGGUGGUGAUAGGACUGAUAGAUUAAAAAGUGAAUAGAAUGAAUUUAGAUGACACAAAGAAGCAAAAUUGAUGGUGGUGAAUGAGGGGCAGAGGCCAAGUGAGAAGGGUGUUUUGGAAAGGGUGAGUGAUCUAAGUGAAAAGGCAUAUUUCUACUCCAGUUCAUCCAGGUCAGCCUCCAGCUCUGCAUUCAGCCCUGUGGAUGAUCAGAAGUCAGAGCCUUGCCAAAGGGGAACAUAUUAAAUAUAUACUUAAAAGUCUUUUCUUCCCAUGUGGAUCAGUGAGGAUAAAUCCAGGGGAAAAGAGCUACCAGCUACAGGAUAAGAAAAUAGUGAUGGGAUCGGAAAACCUGGCAAGGGCAAGAAGGGAAGAGAUCCAAGUAUUUUCCUUCUCAAUAAAAAUAAGGUAACAUUAGUGCUGAUCAGCUGGGAUACAGGUUCCUUCUCAAUUGUGUAAGUGAAGAGGGAGAUUUUCUGCUAUCAAAAUGCUAGAGAUUGAAGAAGCUGCUUUAUUAAAGCUAGUUUGUCACUUCCUCAAGUCAUAACAAGGUUAUGAAUGCUAGUUCCACCUGGGGACCUGGUUAAAAAUCAGAUGCCCAGCCUCACCCCAGAGACUGAUUACAUGGGCCUAGGUGAGGCCAGAUAUCUGUUGUAUAUGGUUAAGUACCACUUGCAGUUCCUCAUGGAAUUUGAAAAAGGAUUUGAUUAGAGUAAAACCCAGGGAGAGAUUUGAUUGUUUUAUUGGUAGCUAACUCAGUUUGGACUGUCUGUUAAAAUGUAAUCACAGUGUGUUAUACUUUCCCCAGCUACUAGCAUUGUAUCCCAUAACAUUUGUACAGAAUAUGAGUGUCAGGUGUCAUACCUUACUGGAGGGACUUAACUCUAGAGUGUCUUGUGUUGAAAAUAAUUUCCUUUAUUUUACUAUCACACCUGUGCAUAGAAGAGCUGUGUUUGUCUACAGAGACACAUUUUGGUGUGCAUUUUCCUAGGCCUAGACUGAACUGCCAUUCCAAAAUUACUGCCCAAGGGAUAAGGGGCCCAGAAUGAAGUUAGCACAGGCUCACACAAAGGCAUUUGUAAAGCACAUCCUGACUUAUUGGGAUGACAUCAGUUAUUAAUAAAAAUUACUUAAGAGCUCCCUCUGUUUUCCUUGUACAAAUCACCAAAGUGCACAUUCCUGUCAACCUUCUUAAUUAGCCCAGUAAGAUAUUAUUCCUACUUUCACCCUAAUGCACAUAUAAUUGUAAAUAAUAUUUUAAUACCCUGAUUUUUUAUAAUUUGAGUACUUCCUGGGUGUUAAGCAGAAAAAAUAUUUCUGUAGUUUUAGAAAUUGCAUAUGGGGUAAACUCAAGUACAUAUGAUAACAAAUUGAUUGGAAAUUUGAAGAUUGUUGUUUAUGAGAAAAAUAUAAACUUUUUAUUGUGUUGUAAUUCUGAACUUUUAUAUUGGGUUGGCCAAAAAGUUGGUUUGGUUUCUGUAAGAUGGCUCUAGUA